CACUCCUCUCUCCCCCCGGACUGCUUUCUCCGUGGAGGACUCGCGAGGAGUGCACUCAUCUCAUCUGGCGCCGGGGUCGACGGCGGUGGAGCGGAAUGAUGGCGGGUUUCUUGGUGGAGACCCCCAUUUUUUUUUUCUUGUCCUUGUCGCGUUGGCCACCUUUCCACCACCGUGAUGUGAUCAUUGGCCUCCGGGCCAGGGCAAGUGCGCGCGCGUCCCCGUCGCGGCGCCCGCGGUCUUGCCAUCCCGGCGACUUCUCUCCUCCCCUUGCGGCGGUGGGAGCUUCGGAAGCGUCGCUUUUUCCCCCUUCUUGGUGGUGGGAGAGAGGGAGAUAUCAGAUACCUGGACCAGUGGCGGGCUUCCAAGUCCAGCAUCCAACUGACAUUAUCUUCUUCCUCCUAAACCCUCAUCUUUAUAAGGUCAAACAAAAAAUUCCCCUUUGUCCAAAUGGAUUUUAGGGCGCGUCGCCAUCCCCAUCCUCUCUCUGAUUACCCGGCCAAUCGCCAUGCUCAGGUCAGGCUGAUCUCCUAUUCUUAAUUUGAGAUCAGUCAAGGUGUCUGUCCCCCUGGGGUUCAGCGGCACGACGUGCAUUUCUUGUUUCCAUUGGAUGGAAACUGCUUCUCACUGGCUGAGGGGGACAGUUGUGCCGGCGUGAUUGGAUCAUCGGAACUCGCUGGAUCGGUGCGGGCUCUCCGCUCGACAAGGACCGCCAUGCGCCCACCAGGUGUUCGACCGAAUGCCUACGAGACUUUUGGCGGUGGCUAUGCACACUAUGGGUGUGCUAGCCUACACUUCUGUGUUCCCCUGCCCAUUUUGUCUGCCAACUAGCCCAUUCUUCGGGUGGGGGUGUAGCCUUUAUGUCACCAGUAGAAUGUUUUCAAGAACUUAAUUCAGAUCCUCAAGAGGGAAAAAAUAUACUAAAUCCUAAUAAGGGCUUGGUUAACGGAUGCCUCACCAACUUAACUUUUAGAUUAACAGGGAUUUAUUUACCUGAGCUUAAGUGCUCUAAGGCUUUAUAAGCUGGAUCCCUUUACACUAGCAUCUUCAUCGUAACGCGUAAAGGUAACCGGCUCCACUUGGUCUUCCUUAAUUAUCUGAUCCUGGAAAGCCCUAAAGGUAGCCCAAUUUGUUGGUGACAGCAGAAACGAUCAUCGUCUAGAUUUUCCUACGAUGCUGCUUGCGAGGUAGUGCGUGCUUGUUAACUUGUUAUCUGGGAAUUCAACAACCUAUUCAGCUUCCUAGUUGUCUAGUGUUAGUUCUAAGGGCACUGUAUUUUUCUAUGCUACUGAUUGCAACCUACAUGCUACAGUCGCCUCAUGCAUGCUUUGAUCAUUGUCUUCCUUUUCUGCGUCUUGAUUUCUUGUGUUUGCGCGUGAUCGUUCUCAUUGCAUGAUGGCAAAAGCUAACCGUGCAGUUGCAGUGUUUCAUUGUGUGAAUGAGUUUACCUUGUGAAGGGCACCCAUAUAAUGAAAAACCCUCCAAAUUCGGUUAAAUUUUAGCUCAUGUUACAUUGUCAAGACAAUAGUCAAGUGAUUGAUUGCAAAGUAGUUGAAGUCUGUGCUUAACAUCUUCUGACAAGCUAAGCUCAGCUAUCUUCUGAACUCCAUUUCAAGAAUAAUCACUUUGGUGAAAUCUAAAUGAACUCUAGAAACUCUUGCAAAUAAAAAAGAUUUGUAUCUAAUUCUCAUGUUGCUCUGCACCUCUGUAAAAUUCUAUAGGAUUUUGCCAUCCCUAUAUGAUAUACAUAACUUGGUUUUAGUGCUGCAUGUAGUAAUAAAACAUAUUUUCUCUAAUUUGUUCAAAAGUUCCAUAACCAUUUAGUGUCUAAUUACUUUUAAGUACUUUUUGAAAGAAAAGCAGCUCAACUUCUUUCCCUUUUUACUCAAAAUGGUUUGCUUUCAACAUAUAGAAGAACUCGUAAUAUUCUCAGUCAAUUUUCCUCUCUGAUUGUGUGCAUAGAUUUUAAUAUAUCUGGCAUAAGGCUUUCAGAGUUAAAAUCUAGCAUUUAUAGGAAACCAAAUGUUGCCAAGGAUAUCCUCAACUUUACCACACAAAAAAAAAAUCCUCCGUGCAUAUCCAUUCUUUGUACUAUACAAAAUGCAUCUUGCAACAUCGUCCUUUAGGCCAGUUGAUAAGCCUGACUUUGGAAACUAGACGGCUUUGGUAGCUAUCUAUCUGUGCUGGCACAUCGACAGAUCCAAAGCAGUUCAAUUGAACAGCUUAGGAUGUAUGGACUUCUCAGCAUUUCCUAGGAAAACCUGGUUGUUCGGGCGCUUCCAGAUAUUCCAGGUGAUCGCUGUAGCUGCUGUGUGGCACCUGACAGAAGUUGGGGAAAUCUGUUUGAGAAAGUUCCCUUACUUUGCUUGCCUGAUGAAGGUUCAGGAGUUCAUGAAGGUAAACCCUAGUAUGCAACAGGCCAUGCGGCCGACUACAUAACAGGGAGAUGUACUUUAGUCAUUAUCAAUUCAUUCUCUGAGUAGUAGUAGCUCUCUUGUUCUGAUUUGUUCCCUCACCAGAAACCAGAGGAAGAUUACUAUUUAGCCGGCCAUAACUGCAACAAAUGUGCAAAGCUUAAACUGGUAGUACGCUGUGUAGCCAAUUAUUGAGGCAGCCCGGUGCACGUAGCUCCCGCUUGCGCAGGGCAUGGGUCCGACAACUUUGGGUACGCAGCCUUUCCCUACAUUUUUUGCAAGAGGCUGUUUCCAAGACUUGAACCCAUAACCUCAUGGUCACAAGGCAGCGAAUUAUUUAGGGGAGUCAUAAAAUGAGCAUUAAACACUAUUGUGUCGACAAUCAUUUGACUUGCCAAAUGUCAGGCAACCACUGGCAUGGCUGCAAAUCCAGUCCAUGUGUAGACCAUUCCUUAGGUUGCUGUAACUAAUGAUGUAAAUUUACAUAUGUCACUGCACUUUAAAGAUGGAAGAUUGACGGUCGGUGAAGCAUGCUGGAUUUUUUUUCCCGAAGUGGAGAAAUACGAUGAAUUCUCACGUCAAGGGGUGUGUUUGGACCAAUAACAGCUUAUACAAGGAUAUCUCCAUCUUCCCCGUAAACAGCCUGUCCAUCAACAGUUAAAAAGCUGCAUAUCAUCGAACAAGGUUCACAUUGUGUACUUGGGCCACAAUAACGAUCUUAGUCCUUCUCUGACCACACGGUUUCAUCUCCAACUUCUGUCAACUGUCUUUGCAGAGCCGGAGGAAGCAAGACAAGCUAUUCUCUACAGCUACAGCUAUGGUUUCUCUGGUUUUGCGGCAGUGCUCAAUUCAACGCAAGCCACCACAUUGUCGGAAACAGAAGCGGUCAUAUCAGUAUUCAGGAGCAGGAUGCUGCAGCUCCAUACAACAAGGAGCUGGGAUUUCAUGGGCCUCAGCCUGCAUUCGCAUAUGGAGCAACCAUCCUCCCAAAUGCAUUUGAAGUACGGAGACGACGUAAUUGUCGGUAUCCUCGACACCGGUGUGUGGCCUGAAUCCGAGAGCUUCAGAGAUGACCCCCACCUAGGCCCCGUGCCGUCGUCAUGGCGCGGCACGUGCGUCGGAGGCCAGCAGUUCGACCCGGCCACCGCGUGCAACCGCAAGCUCAUUGGUGCGCACUACUACCUCGCCGGCUUCGAGGCGGAGACCGGCCCGCUGAACACCAGCGGCGGCGCGGAGUACCGGUCGGCCCGGGACCGCGUGGGCCACGGCACGCACACGGCGUCCACGGCCGUGGGCGCCGUGUCCCCCAACGCGAGCUACUUCGGUGGGCUGGGCCACGGCGCGGCACGCGGGGGCGCCCCCAGGGCGCGGCUGGCGGUGUACAAGGUGUGCUGGUUCAAGGACCUGACGGGCCGGUGCAACGACGCCGACAUCCUGGCGGCGUUCGACGACGCGCUGCACGACGGCGUGCACGUCAUCUCGGCGUCCCUCGGGUCUCCGCCGCCGCUGUCGCCGCUGUUCGCGACGAGCACCGAGGUCGGGUCGUUCCACGCCAUGCAGCUCGGGGUGUCCACGGUGUUCUCGGCGGGCAACGACGGGCCCGACGCGGCCAUGGUGCAGAACGUGUCGCCGUGGGGUGUCACCGUCGCCGCCAGCACCAUCGACCGGAGGUUCCCGACGGUGAUCGCGCUCGGGAGCAAUGCCUCCUUCGUGGGAGAGGGCUUCAUUGUGAAGGACAUGAAAAUGCCUUUAGUAGAGAGCACUAGCGUCUUUGCCGAUGGGACGUGCUCCCUGGACCAGCUGGUGAACCGCACGGCGGCGUCUGGGAAGAUCGUCUUGUGCUUCUCCACGAUGGGGAUGGUGUCCGGCGAGGGCGCGGCGCUGGCGGUGUAUGCCGGCGGUGGCUCCGGCGUGAUCUUCGCGGACUCCAGCUCCCGGCGGUCCAACCAGGACAACUUCCUGCCCACCGUCCACGUCAACCUGCGCCAGGGCACCCAGAUCCUCAACUACAUCCAGAGCCGUUCAAGGCCACGGCCGACCGUGCACAUCUCGCCGAGCAGGACCGUCGUCGGCAAGACGCCGGCGCCGGCCAUCGCCUACUUCUCCUCCAGAGGGCCCAGCUCCAUUUCUCCAAACAUUCUCAAGCCUGACGUCACCGCACCCGGGGUGAACAUCCUGGCGGCGUGGCCGCCCAAGUCGUCGCCGACGAUGCUCCCUCUGGACAAGCGCUCCACGGAGUGGAACUUCGACACGGGCACGUCCAUGUCGUGCCCCCACGUCACCGGCAUCGUCGCCAUCCUCAGGUCCGUGCACCCGACCUGGUCACCGGCCGCAGUCAAGUCCGCCCUCAUGACCACGGCGUACGUGCACGACGACACGUCGGACGCCAUGCUGGCCGGUGGCACGCAGAAGGCCGCGGACGCCUUCGACACCGGCGCGGGGCACGUGGACCCGCUGCGGGCGCUGGACCCGGGGCUGGUGUACGACGCGGACGCGCGCGACCACGUGCGCUUCCUCUGCGGCCUCGGCUACACGGAGGCCCAGGUGCGGCAGAUGGUGCUCUCCUCCCCGGCGCUCGACACCAGCUGCGCCGGCGGCGCCAUUGGCGACGCCGACCUCAACUACCCGGCCAUCGUGCUCCCCGAGCUGCGGGCUGCGGCGACCGUGAAGCGGACGGUGACGAACGUGGGCCUCCAGAGGGAAACCGUGUACCACGCUACCGUCAUCAGCCCGCAGGGCGCGCACGUCGAGGUGUGGCCGCCGGCGCUGGCGUUCUCCUCGCGCUGCGCCAGGGCCGAGUACUACGUCACCGUCACGCCGGCGAAGCUCUCGCGCGGUCGGUACGACUUCGGCGAGAUCGUGUGGUCCGACGGCUACCACCGCGUCCGCACGCCGCUGGUCGUCAGGGUCACCAACCUGCCGGACGCCGGCGUCGGCGCUCAGCCCACGAAUCAGCACCGUGAUACUACUGAGUACUGACCCCCAGAAGCUACCUAGUUACGGUUAUCUACAACCUGGCGGUGCACGGCUUCCGGGCUUCAGAUCAGGGCUUCUCUUAGUGUGGAUUUGUGCAAUGUUUUCGAUUUCACUCGUUGGGACAACACAGUAGGUGUCAUUCGGUCAUGUUAAAGGAGCAUACAUUGUGGGUGCGACAAAUUUCAAAGUGAUACCAAGCAGCACAUGCAGGCUCAACGUUUGAUGAUUCAUUUCACCUUCAACUCUGGGAACAUUUGAGACGCCUUCUCCUGACCAGCUGGGCGAUGCUGGGCAGUGGAACAGAACCAGUUGCAUUUGCAGUCAUCUCUUCAGACCACUGGGUGG